UAUUAUAUACUCUACUUUUGUUUUCAAUACAUGAAUAGAAUUGGGACAAACUUUAAGAUGAUACGUUUCUCUUUCUUUGCGGUGAUUUUUCUUGUUUCAGUUACAUGCUCCUAUACAAUCAAAGUUGUGGACGUGGAUGCUAUUUGCAAACAAACAAAUAAUGUUUCAUUCUGUACAAAUCUUCUGAAUUCAAAGCCUGGUGGUGUAGGUCAAGAUCUUGACAGUCUUGCACAAUACACUCUUGAUGUGGCUCGUUCCAACACUACCAACACCAUCAUUCUAAUCCAACGGUUAAUCGCACAAACUGGUAGGGAUGUUGAGGCACAAAUUCCCUAUAAGAAAUGUUUAAGUUUCUUUGAGAAGAUUAUCCAUAGUAUUGAUUAUUUUCGUGACAUGUUGAAGAUUAGAGAAUAUGAAGAGAUGUUUCGUGCUGCAGAUCGUAUAACAUAUUAUAUUUAUGAUUGUCUAAAUGGAAGUGGUCCCGAUGAACCUCCUUAUCAUGGUAGUCCUAUGGUGCCAAAAAAUGCCAAUGUUCUCAAUCAAGUUGUUGUUAUAAUAAGUGUUAUCAUACAUAAACUUGAGUGAUACAUCUCUUCGUUUCUUACAACAUCAGGUGUAUGGUUCUUGAUCUAUCUAUAAAUACUAUAAAUUAAUAAUAUGUCAUAAUUUGUAUUUUAA